CUGAGGCAAGAUGGUGGACUAUAGUGUGUGGGACCACAUCGAGGUGUCUGACAAUGAGGACAAGACGCACCCCAAAAUUGACACGGCCAGUCUCUUCCACUGGCGGCACCAGGCCCGGGUGGAGCUCAUGGAGCAGUUCCAGAAGAAGGAGGAGCUGGAGAGGGGCUGCCGCCAGUGCAGGCGCAAGGUGGCCGAGUGCCAGCAGAGGCUGAAGAAGCGGGAGGCGGCGGAGGGCGAGAGCAGCAAGGCGGAGCUACAGCGGCUGCAGGCUAAGGCUCAGCAGCUGCGCAAGGAGGAGCCGAGCUGGGAGCAGAAGCUGGAGGAGAUGCGCAAGAAGGAGAAGAGCAUGCCCUGGAACGUGGACACACUCAGCAAGGACGGCUUCAGCAAGAGCAUGGUCAGUACCAAGCCAAAGCAGACAGAGGAGUCGUCGGAGGAAGUGAGGGAGCAGAAACACAAAACGUUCGUGGAGAAGUACGAGAAACAGAUCAAGCACUCUGGCAUGCUUCGUCGCUGGGACGACAGCCAGAAGUACCUGUCGGGCAAUGUCCAUCUGGUGUGUGAGGAGACCGCCAACUACCUUGUCAUCUGGUGCAUUGACCUAGAGGUGGAGGAGAAGGAGCAGGUGGCCCACCAGACCAUCGUCAUGCAGUUCAUCCUGGAGCUGGCUAAGAGCCUGAAGGUGGAUCCCCGCGCCUGCUUCCGGCAGUUCUUCACCAAGAUCAAGACAGCUGACCGCCAGUACAUGCAAGGCUUCAACGACGAACUGGAGGCCUUCAAGGAGCGCAUGCGGGGCCGCGCCAAGCUGCGCAUGGAGAAGGCCAUGAAGAAAUACGAGGAGGAGCAGCGCCGGAAGCGGCUAGGCCCCGGCGGUUUGAACCCCGUGGAGGUCUACGAGUCUCUCUCUGAGGAACUACAGAAAUGCUUUGACGUGAAAGAUGUGCAGAUGCUUCAAGACGCCAUCAGCAAGAUGGACCACACCGAUGCUAAGUACCACAUGCAGCGCUGCAUCGACUCUGGCCUCUGAGUCCCCAACCCCAAGUCCAGCGAGGCCAAGGAUGGGGAGGAGACAGGCCCCGGGGACCCCUUGCUGGAAGCUGGCCCCAAGCCAGGUGACAAGAAGGAUGUCAGCGAGUGACUCGCUCCAGCUGCCGCCUGCCUGCCCGCAGGCCCCCGUGUGCCCCUUUUCAGAAAACAAAAAUAGAUACCUCUCCCCAGCUCCUGGCUUCCUCCACUUUCACUGCUCCCGCCCAGCCAGGGUCAGGGAGAGAGCUGCCCCCAUCCCACUGCCCCCACCUCAGUGCUCCUCCAAGUCUCUGCUUUGAGUCAAGGGCUUCACUGCCUGCAGGCCACCCAUCAGAGCAUUAUGCCAAAGGCCUGAGGGUCCAGGGAGGGGUGGAGGUCGCUAGGCUGGUCCGUGGGGUGUGGGGAGGGUCGCCAGCCCAGAGGCCUGCUCCAGUCACUAUGGGCUCUGUUUUCACUGUUCAUCUGCUCUCGAGUCUUCUAAUAUGGUAAACAGCAAUGAUCUACCAAUAAAGGAUUUCAGAUGCUCAAAAACAAACAAACAAACAAACAAACAAAAAACCAACUCUUGGUUUCAUUGUUCAGCUCUACAGUUUUUUUAGAUUCUAUAUUAUUUAUUUCUGCUCUGAUCUUUAUUAUUUCUCUUCUUCUGCUGGGUUUGGGGUGUCUUUGCUGCCCUGCUUCUAGUUCCUUUAGGUGUGCUGUUAGAUUUUGUAUUUGGGAUUUUUCUUGUUUCUUGAGAUAGGCCUGGAUUGCAAUGUAUUUUCCU